CAGUCAGUGUGAUGGCGGCGCAGCGGGGCGGCGGUCCCGGUCCUUCUCGGCCCGCAGUGGGUGCGGAUCACUCGGUUCUGGUCGUGGUGGGAGCGCUCCAGCCCAGGGGACCGCUGGAUCUCGUACUGCGACAGAUAGAAGCAGGUGUGCGCUGCUGGCAGGCGGAUCUAGACGUUGCGGUUCUGGAUCAGCAGUUAAAGCUCUUCGUGUCGAGACAUUCAGCUUUUCUGUCUGAAGACAUCCGAGGUCAGCGGACCCUGCAGCACCGGGGAGAGGUUCUGGACACCCAGGUGGUUCUGAACCCGACCCAGAGCUUGGUCUGCUCAGAGGUCCAGCGGCUCCUCUGCGACCCGUCGCGCCACAAGCUGCUGGUUCUGGCGGGUCAGUGCGUGGAGAGCAGCGGCGAGUUGGUUCUGCAGCAGGGCGGAUUCUCCAGCCAGGAUCUGACCCAGAUCCUGGCCGGUGACGAGGUGGUGGGUUCUGCUGACCCGGUUCUGAAGGCCUGUCUCACCCUCAGCUGCCCGGCCCAUUGCCUCUGGACCGACACGGAGCUGCAGAACCUGCAGGUGCCGGUCUGUGUGCGGGUCAACCCGGGCCCGGUUCUGCCGGAGAUGGAGGGCCUGCAGGAGUUCACAGAGUACCUGUCGGAGUCGCUGGAGUCCGGCUCGCCCUUUGACCUCCUGGAGCCGCCCGGCACCGCCGGCUUCCUCAAACUGUCGCGGCCCUGCUGCUACGUGUUCCCCGGCGGCCGCGGUGACUCCGCCUUCUUCGCCGUCAACGGCUUCAACGUGCUGGUGAAUGGCGGAUCCGAUCCACGCGCCUGCUUCUGGAAGCUGGUCCGGCACCUGGACCGGGUCGACUCGGUGCUGCUGACCCACAUGGGCGAGGACAACCUGCCGGGCCUGAACGCGUUGCUGCUACGGAAGGCAGCCGAGCAGAACCAGGAGGACGGGGACAACCGGGUCAGGAACCUGGUGUCCCCGGAGCUCGGCGUGGUGUUCUUCAACGCUCCCGGCAGACUGAAGUCCGUCCAUCCAGAACCAGGCUGGCUGCGCGGCUGCGACCAGGCGGCUCUCGCCCUGUUGACCCUCCAGAAGCUGGGAGUGACUCCAGAACCUCUGAGCAGGCCUGGCGGGCCCGCCAUAGAGCCGCUGAUCCUGUUCCAGAAGAUGGGAGUGGGCCGGCUGGAGCUGUACGUUUUGAACCCGGUCCGCGGGUCCAAGGACCUGGAGGCUCUGAUGCAGCUGUGGCCCAACGGAGCAGACUCAGGAGCUGCAGAGCUUCCUCUGACCUGCCGGGUGUCCAUCUGCGCCCUGCUGGUUUGGCACCCAUCCAGAACCCAGGACCGGAUCGUGCGAGUUCUCUUCCCCGGCUGCACGCCACAGGCCAAGAUCCUGGACGCUCUGGACAAACUCGCUCAUCUGGACUUCCUGAAACAGCCGACUGUCAGUCUGGAGGUUCUGGAAGCGUCCAAAACCCAGAAGCCACUGAGCCGCCAAGAGAGUCGCGAAAGUCUCAAGUCCCAGUCCAAAGACCCGAGACCCAACGGUGCCUUACAGAAAGAUAGACGGUUCGAAGUCCGAAAACCUGAGCUGAAGACUAAGACCAAAGCAGGAGGGGACGCCACGACCAAGGAUGCAGAAGAAAAAACUCAGAUAAAGGACGUAGAUCUGAAACCAAAGAGCACAAAAGCUGCUGAGAAAUCAAAUUCAAAGAGGGAUGGGUCAAAGGAGGACAGGAAGGAUGUGAAGAAGAAGGAUGAGAAGGUGUCUGCUGCUUCUGGGAAGAAGGAAGAGGCUUCGGAGAAGAAGAAGGAAGCUCCAAAGAAGGACGCCACUAUUCCUAAGACCAAGAAUGAAGCGAAACCAGAACCAAAGAAAGACAGCAAGAAGGACAGUAGAACCGAGGAGAAGAAACCGGCAAAGUUACCAGUUAAAGAAGUAAAGAGAACCGGUGGAACCACUUCCUUAACCGGAGCUACUGACCAAAGGAAAGCUACAGGUAAAACCGGCAGUGUGAAGAAGGGCGGAAUGCUUCCAAAGAAAGAUGCCUUUAAAAAGGAGACGAGAGGGAAGUCGGGAUCCCAGGAAAACCAGAAGACUUUAACGGUUGAGGUCACGACGGUGGAGUUUAACAACCUGGAGGAUGCCAACGGGAACCGGGGCCCAAAGACUGCAGGGGCGUCCGAGGACACUUCCCUCAAUGGGAACCAGAUCUCCACCACGGAGAGUCCAGAGAAGUUCCGCUCUGUUGAGACUGAUUCGCCUGGCGCCACCUCACGCAUCACCAGAACACCAAAAGGUGAACUCAGAGUGAACUUCGACCUCAGUCCAGCAAUGUUCCAGGUUGCAGAGGGUUCCCCCAGAGUCCAGGUAGAGAAAAUCCUGGAGCCGUUUUCUCCUGCAGACUCUGCUCCGACCAGUGCCGGACACACUCCCUUCCACCCGUCCCCUGAAGACACGCCUGGUCUCAGCAGCCCGGGCGCCCGGGGAUCCAGUCUGGGCUUUGAAGACUACAACCAGGGCGGGUCAUGCAGAACCUCAGAGGUCAGCUCCCUGCCAGAAGGUGUGGAGAACUCCACUUCGUCUCAGGAUAAAUGCUCCAGCCUCCUGAGUCCGGCCAGGGACUCCUCCCAAACCAUGACGUCCAUGCCGGCGGAGGUUGGCUCCCCCCACUCCACCGAGGUUGACUGUUCCCUCUCGGUCUCCUCAGAGCCGGUCCCCUCUACCGGCACCAACACGGUUCUUCCCGGCGGGCCCACCCAGAACGGACGCUGUGGUUCUGGGGAGAACGUCCGCGGGGUGUCGGGACUCCCCUCCGAGGUUCCCCACGAUGUUGACCUCUGCCUGGUGUCCCCCUGUGAGUUCCAGCACCACCCGACUUCUAGUGCCUCACCAGACCUAUCCGUCAAUGACCCCUCCCCUCUCACCUCGGCCUGCAGCCAGGAGACCCCGCCCACUUCGGUCAGCGACUCUCUGCAGACUGCCACGGACUCCGACAUGCCCCCCAGCACCGAGGAGUGUCCCUCCAUCACCGCUGACCUGGACUCUGAUGAAGACUCUGGCUUCCUCCGUCAGGCCAGUGAUCUUCCCGGUCAGCGCUUCCUGCGGCGGACGGGACUCGACCCUCCACCGGCACCGGUUAAAGACCUGCCCCCUCUGCCGCUGCAGCGUGGCGCCUGCAUGGCCGACCCCGAGGCUGACCGCGCCCUUAAGGCGUCCGGCGCCAGAAAGAAGCCUCUGCAGAGAACCACAACAGGAAGCAGCCGGUCCAAAGCCAGUUCCCCCGGCUCCCUGAGGACCGGACUCGACUCCAAGUCUUCGUCACGGAGUUUGCCUGGUGGAUCCAAGGUCACGCCUUCAAGACUGUCAGGUUCUGCUGGUCCUGAAGGUCCUGUGGUUUACGUGGACCUGGCCUACCUGCCAUCUGGCUCCGCCUCCUCCACCAUCGACCACGGCCUGUUCAAACGCCUGCGUGCUUCGUAUUACAUCAUCAGCGGCGACGACCCGGCGAAGGAGGCGGCGAUGAGGAGGAUCCUAGAGGGCCUGCUGGUGGGGAAGAGCUCCUGGCCCGACGAUCCGGUGACCCUCAUCCCCACCUUCGACUCGCUGGCCAUGCACGAGUGGUACCAGGAGACGCAUGAGCGGCAGCAGCAGCUGGCGGUGACGGUGCUGGGCAGCAACAGCACCGUCGCCAUGCAGGACGAGACCUUCCCCGCCUGCAAGGUGGAGUUCUGAGCCAGGCUCCGCCCACCUCCUGCUGAGCAUGCUCAGUUAGAAACGUUUGCUCCCUACUUUCUUCACCUGUGUGACAUCAUGGUCCCCCUCACAUCCAGCCCCCACUGGAUCAGAACCAGCAGCUAGAACCCGUCCUGUGGAUCAGAACAUGGAUGGUUGAGCCGUUUUGACUAAAACAGUUUAUGAUUAGCAUUAAACGCUACGAUUAGCAUCAUGUUAAAAUCUUGUUCCCGAGUCGUUGACAUAAUCACCAUGUGGCCGCAUCGUUUCCAUGGCAACGCCACUAAAGCUACAACACGCUACAUUUAUCACACCGCAGUAGCGGAGGUGAAACAUCGUAAAGAAACAUCGUAAAGAAUCAUCGACCAAAUCAUUGUAACAAAACUGACACAUUAAAAUUAAACACU